UGUGUGUGAAGACUGCCUGGAACAUCACAGGUCUUGGUAGUGGGAAGUCACAUUCCCCGUGAGGGCUUGCUAGUAUUGUCCAUUGGAGGCCCAGUGAUUUGAUGUUGGAGAUUUACAGGAUCCUCAGCAACAAAUCCGAGAAUGGAAGAACUCUUUCAGGCUUUUGAGACCACCGUUAUUUUCACGCGUGGGCAGCUGGCCGAGCACGGAUUGCAACGCGGCUCUUCUUGCGUGCGCAGUAGGCUGCAGGUGGCUCGGGCCCCUGUGGUGAUCUCUGUUUACGGAGAGAGCGGGUCCAAGUUGGGCUCCAUCUCUGCACUGGCUGGCGGCUCGGCAGAACCCUGCCUGCCAGGAACGCGCAGAGAAAAACCGGCCGAACCCACCUUCGCCCUGUCCCUACUCCCAACGCCGGGAGAGGUCGGGCCUGGUUCCCGCGCCCAUGCUCGGGGCGACGUGCUCACCCUGGGCGAGCAGCCCGAGGCUGGAUCUCAGGGACGUCAGCUCCCUAGCGGAGGCCCAGGCGUGGAGACUUCAUUCACAGGUGUCUCCCCACCCCAGCAGACGGCGAUGACCCCCAAGCCGGCCGGACCCCCGGACGGGGGCUGGGGCUGGGUGGUGGCGGCCGCAGCAUUCGCCGUGAACGGGCUCUCCUACGGGCUCUUACGGUCCCUGGGCCUUGCCCUCCCCGACCUCGCGGAGCACUUUGAACGAAGCGCCCAGGACACUGCGUGGGUCAGCGCCCUGGCCUUGGCCGUGCAGCAGGCAGCCAGCCCAGUGGGCAGCGCCCUGAGCACUCGCUGGGGGGCACGCCCCGUGGUGAUGGUUGGGGGCGUCCUAACCUCGCUUGGCUUGGUCUUCUCGGCUUUCGCCCGAAGCCUCCUACAUCUCUACCUCGGCCUGGGCCUCCUCGCUGGUUCCGGCUGGGCCCUGGUGUUCGCCCCUUCCCUGGGUACCCUCUCUCGGUACUUCUCCCGCCGUCGGGUCUUGGCGGUAGGGUUGGCGCUCACCGGUAAUGGGGCAUCCUCGCUGCUCCUAGCACCUGCCCUGCAGUUCCUCCUUGAUACUUUCGGCUGGCGGGGUGCCUUGCUCCUCCUUGGCGCUGUCACCCUCCACCUCACACCCUGUGGCGCCUUGCUACGACCCUUGGCUCUUUCUGGUGACCCCCUAGCCCCACCUCGAACUCCCUUAGCUGCCCUUGGUCUAGGUCUCUUCAGGCGCCGAGCCUUUACAAUCUUUGCUUUGGGCACCGCCUUGAUUGGGGGCGGAUACUUCGUCCCCUACGUGCACUUGGGUCCGCACGCUUUAGAUCAGGGUAUGGGGGGUUACGGGGCAGCGUUGGUGGUGGCUGUUGCCGCAGUGGGAGAUGCGAGUGCCCGACUGGUCAGCGGAUGGCUUGCAGACCAGGGAUGGGUGCCCCUUCCGCGCCUUCUGGUUGUGUUUGGGUCUCUGACUGGGUUAGGGGUACUGGCAGUGGGACUAGUGCCCACUGGGGAGACGGAGGAGGGUUGGGGGGCUCCCCUGCUAGCCGCGGCUGGGGCCUAUGGCCUGAGCGCCGGGAGUUAUGCCCCACUGGUUUUCGGUGUGCUCCCGGGGCUGGUGGGCAUUGGAGGUGUGGUACAGGCUACAGGGCUGGUGAUGAUGCUGAUGAGCCUCGGGGGACUCCUGGGCCCUCCCCUGUCAGGUUUCCUAAGGGAUAAGACAGGAGACUUCAGUGCCUCUUUCCUGGUGUGCAGCUCUUUCAUCCUCUCUGGCAGCUUCAUCUACAUGGGGCUGCCCAGAGCCCUCCCAACCUGCCGUCCAGUCUCACCUCCACCUACCCCUCCCCCUGAGAGAGGGGAGCUGCUCCCAGUUCCGCAGGCCUCCCUGCUCUCGGCAGGGAGCGCUGAUCCCACCCGGGAAACCACUUGUUGAUUGUUUUCUUGUUUGAGCCCCUUCCCUAAUAAAGGCUUUUUAUCUGA